AUGCGGGAGCAGUUUAGAGCUGGAAAGCGUUCACUUUCGAAUAAACGUCAUGCUUAUCGACGGCAUUAUCCCAGUAAACGCAUUCAAGGCGUACGCAUUGGUCACGCCAAUCCCAAGUUGAUUCGUGACGAAGUGAACUUUCUGUGUAAUCGCACUGUCGAAUUUAUGGAGUCUGGUGAAACGUGUAACUUGAGCGUUAUGGAAUUAGCCAGACAAAGUAUCUAUUUCGAACGUGUUCUAAAAUAUCACAGUGGAAAGCGGAAUAUACAACUACCGGAAUUUCUAAAGGCUGGCUUCCCUUCAAUUGUAGAAUUCAUACGUGCAGGUGCUACAGAAAUUAAUUCCGACAAUGUUUAUAGUAUAUUCAUUGCAGCGGAUUUUCUCCUCAUACCCAGAUUGAAAGAACAAUGUGCAAAUCUACUGAAACAGAUUGCGACCACCGACUUUUCUACUGCAAUCGAUAUAUGGUCAAAUUGUAAAUCAUUCUACUGGCCUGAACUAGGCAACAUGGCGUAUCAAGUGAUUUUAGACAAUUUCGAAAACAUAUGGCACACAUCGGAAUUCGAAGAACUGAGUGCGAACGACAUUCGUCAGAUUCUACACGAAGACACUUUGAAUUGUAAAAAUGAAUUGAAUGUGUUCCACGCUAUUGUUCAGUGGAUUAGUAGGGAUUUCGAAACACGGAUUCAAUAUAUACUAGAAUUGUUGUUGUGCAUCCGAAUUGGAUUGUUGUCAAACGUCGAUGUGGAUGAUAUGAAGAAGCACGAGUUGAUUCGAGUUAUUCCAGAAUAUUCGGAUCUAUUGAAUGAGUGGCCGAAAUGUUUAACAACCACUAAUAAUCGUAUUAUCAAUGCAUAUGGACAGCGGUUUGUUACUCCGAGACUGCCACAUUUGAACCUCCAACAAAACCACACGAUUGAUGGGUGUUGUCCUGUUUGAGUGUCAUCACGACUGAUUGAUUCUGUCAUCAAUAUCAUCAUCAUUCGAUUGUCGUUUGAGGAGAACCACCGCCGGUGUGACUACUUCUUAUAUGGAGACGGUGCAAG